AUGCUAGCCGUACAGCAGCAGCCAACACCAGCGCUGGCAUCAACAGCAUUACCAGCGGAUUCGAUCGCUCGUGCGCUUCCCGACCAAGUCCCCGAGAACGCACCUGCCCACUGUCCAGGCACCGAGUCCGAGCAAGCGGGCAAAGCGGAUGCCUGCGCUGGGUGUCCGAACCAAGAUGCUUGCGCUUCGGCACCCAAAGGUCCCGAUCCGGAUCUGCCGCUGAUCAAAGAGCGAAUGGCGCGCAUCAAACACAAGAUCCUCAUCAUGUCCGGCAAGGGAGGUGUGGGGAAGAGCACCUUCACCGCGCAACUUGGGUGGGCGUUCAGUUCGCGGUUCUCGGGACAUCUCGACGCCGCCACCGAAGAGGAUGGAAAGCAUGCCGGUGAAGAGGAGGAGGAAGAGAUGGAGAAACAAGUGGCGAUCAUGGAUAUUGAUAUUUGUGGACCGUCCAUCCCGACGAUCUUGGGUUUGGCGGGACAGAGCAUCCACUCGACCUCGCAAGGUUGGUCGCCCGUCUACGUCUCCGACAACCUGUGCGCCAUGAGCAUCGGUUUCCUGCUCCCCUCGGCUUCGUCGGCGGUCAUCUGGAGAGGACCCAAGAAGAACGGUCUGAUCAAACAAUUCCUCAAGGACGUCGAUUGGACCGCCGGUCUGGAAGAAGAGGACUCUACCCCCUCCUCCGAACCACUCAUCGACUACAUGCUCAUCGAUACACCCCCCGGCACCUCGGACGAACACCUCUCCAUCGUAUCCUACCUCAAAGAGUCCGGUAUCACGGGUGCGAUCCUCCUCACCACCCCUCAGGAGGUGUCUCUGCAAGAUGUACGGAAGGAAAUCUCGUUCUGUCGCAAGAUGAACGUGCCCAUCCUAGGGAUUGUGGAGAACAUGGCUGGGUUUGUGUGCCCGAGCUGCACGGGGUACAGCGAGAUCUUCUAUCCGAGCACCGGCGGGGCCAAGGCGCUGUGCGAGGAGCUUGGGUUGAAUUUCUUGGGCUCGAUUCCGCUCGAUCCGAGGAUAGGCAAGAGCUGCGAUUUGGGCGUCAGCUUCACGGACGAGUACCCGGAUAGUCCGGCGACAAAGGCGUAUUUGGACGUCAUCGAGAGCGUACGCAGGCUGGUCGAUUGA